ACAAACUGUUUCAAUGCGUCUCUCCCGCUCAAUCCGAGUGCAGUAUAUGUUCACAAACUUGGCUCCUGUUCUGUCGAUUUAUCAACCUCUUUAAAUAUUCAAAAAAACAGUACGUCAUCUCCGAAGGUGGAUCACAUAGUGUGCCAAUAUCUAUAAAGCACCGUGCGAAGAGAAGCCUUUAAGAAGAUCACAUUUUGGAAAGAGACUUUGAAGGAAGAAUUCUUACUAUCGCCGAAAUGGUUCUGCAUUUAAAACGUAGUAAGUUCAAUUUUUUUAACUCUUCUGAAUAACAAGUCAAUCAUACCGUGUAAUUAUUUAAAUAUGAGACUGUCAAACCAAAGAUUAAGGAAUUAACCACCACUGCAGUUAAAUUAAAGUAAAGCGACAGAUAGCAUCCGUCUUUUUUACCAGUCCAUAACCAAUCACUGACAGUAGUCAGUUUCAAUCAAUCUGGGAUUAUCCUGCCGUGGAUCCUAAUUUAUUGCUGUGCUCUAAUAAAACACACGAUGCCUUGGGGUGUGAAGCCCCUUGAACAGAAUAAACUCGUAUAUAAUAUAGACAGGCUAGUACAUGCAACCUGUUAAACUAUUUGGACUACUUGACAGGCGUAAAUUAAUGAAGGGAGUAGCUAAGUGCGUGACCCUCAAAAGCAAACGUGUUCUUUCCUAAACUUUUCUAAAAUCAUUUUGCUGUAAAUCUGCAAAAAAUAUUAUUUCCUGAAAGAAUGGAAGCUAAUUGUGUUGUAUCUCUGUCUUGCAUUGAUCUUUUUUACUUGUAGACCUCUGAGGACAACACAUUAAAUCACCAAAAUAAACUUAAAAUUUGUGACGUGAUUUUUCCUUGGGUCAUUCGCGGAGUGAAUUGCACGCCAGACUGAUUUCACUUUCGGAUUUUGGAGAUGUUCCUGUCCAUGUUCAGUCAUUUUUCGGUGCUGGCCACAGCAAUCACAUCUAUACUAUCCGCCUUGCUGUUGCUCGCUGUAUCCCGGCAACUAUGGACGUUCCGGUGGACAAUCACACGGGAUAAGGAGUGCAAACUCCCCCUUCCAAAAGGUUCAAUGGGAUGGCCACUCGUAGGAGAAACUUUCCACUGGCUGUUUCAGGGGUCCAGCUUUCACAUCUCUAGAAGGGAGAAGUACGGAAAUGUGUUUAAAACUCACCUCUUAGGGAAACCUGUUAUCCGCGUGACAGGCGCCGAAAACAUACGCAAAAUACUUCUCGGAGAGCACAACUUGGUGUGCACGCAGUGGCCUCAAAGUACCCGGAUAAUCCUGGGACCCAACACGCUGGUGAACUCUGUUGGAGACCUCCAUAAGCAGAAGAGAAAAAUCUUGAGUAAAGUGUUCAGCCGCGGAGCUUUGGAGACGUAUAUUCCACGCUUGCAAGAUGUUGUCAAGUCUGAAAUCGCCAAAUGGUGUUCGGAGCCCGGUUCAGUGAACGUGUACGCUGCGGCCAAAUCUCUCACAUUUCGUAUUGCUGUCCGGGUCCUGUUAGGAAUAACCAUGGAGGAGGCUCGGAUCAACUACCUCUCCAAAAUAUUCGAACAGCUAAUGAAUAACCUGUUUUCACUUCCAAUCGAUGCGCCUUGGAGUGGUCUUCGUAAAGGUAUCAAAGCCCGGGAAGCGCUCCAUGCGAGCAUGGAGAAAAUUAUCGAAGAGAAAAUGCAAAAAGAGCAAUCUGAGGAGUACAGUGACGCAUUUGAUCACAUGCUGAACAGCGCUAAGGAAAAUGGAUACGAGUUAAGUACUCAGGAACUGAAGGAGUCUGCAGUUGAGUUGAUUUUUGCUGCCCACUCAACCACAGCCAGCGCCUCCACGUCGCUUAUCCUGCAGCUGCUCAAACACCCAUCCGUGGUUGAGAAAGCCAGGGCAGAGCUGGAAGCAAACGGACUUUCCUGCAGCUCGUACUGUGUAAACGGUCCCGCAACCAAGAAAGGGGGUCAGAAUGGAGAGGACAUUCCAUUAAAGCAUGAGAAGACAGAAAGAGAUGCGAACAAAAACUGCUGUACUGGAACAGAGACGACUUGCUUACUGAACAACACAGGGGCCGGUAACUCUGACUUCACGUCGGACAGCGAAGAAAAAAUAACACAUCCCUGUACCUGUCUGCCCCAUUUGAGUAUGGAGAAACUAAACCGACUCCGGUACUUGGAUUGUGUUGUUAAAGAGGUCCUCCGGUUUCUACCGCCAGUAUCUGGAGGAUACAGGACUGCACUGCAGACCUUUGAAUUAGACGGUUAUCAGAUUCCGAAAGGAUGGAGCGUCAUGUACAGCAUCCGGGAUACCCACGAGACAGCCGCUGCUUAUCAAAGCCCAGAACUCUUUGAUCCCGAUCGCUUCGGAUUUGAGAGGGAUGAAAGUAAAACCGGACGGUUCAACUAUGUCCCGUUUGGCGGCGGAAUCAGGAGCUGUGUCGGGAGGGAUCUGGCUCAAAUCAUUCUAAAAACUUUGGCCGUUGAAUUGCUUGCAACCGCCAAAUAUAAGCUAGCCACAGAAACAUUUCCGAAGAUGCUAACUGUUCCAGUUGUCCACCCCGUCAGUGGACUACACGUUCAUUUUAAUUAUCAGCGCUGCGGUUCCAAGAAAAUCUAAAACGUAUUUCAAUGUGUCAUUGUGUAAUUUAUUAAACACAGUCAGUGAAUAGUCUAUGUCUGACGUGGUGAACAUGACGGCGUGUACCUGGUCGUUUGAAUCUGAACUCAACGAGAGAACAUGCUAUCGCACGUUCAAUUUGUAGGCCUACAAUAUCGCAUCUUCAUAGUCUCCAGAAAUGCGCCGCAUGAAUAAAAAAACACAAAAAAAACUUCAAAUUACCUAAAUGUGACUACUAUUAGCCUAAGACAUUAGCCUAUUUGAAGAUUUUUUAUUUUUUUAUUUUUAAACAGAACCUAUUGAACCUGGCUAAAAUUGGCACCCAGCUGCUUGCUAAGCCACUUUUAAACACAACGUUUAAUUCUUAAAUAUGACCAGUAGGCUACACUUUGGCUGGUCGGUUACAAAAAUACCUUCCUUUUGGUUUAUCUACUGAGUACGGCUUAGCCAUUCCAUACCGUGAUGUAAUAUUUUGGUAAUUUAUAUUGUUAUAGUUUGUGCCACAGAUAGUCUUGUAUGACAACGCUAUAUCUAUUUACUUUCCUAAAAUAAUUUUGUUGUAUAUGUUUGUGUAUAAAAUGUAAUCUGUGUAGAGAAUGAAGUAGCAUGCCACAUAAGCUCUAUUUAUAGGAAAUGGCCAAGUACAGAAGUUAUUUGGACUGAAUUUUAUUUGUUGUGUUCCUUGGAAUAUUAAAUCCAAAUAUAAUUAGCUAGCUUGCUUGUGAAAUUAUCCUGAUCAAAUAAAACUAACCGUAUUAUUCAUGUGUAGGAAAAAAAAAAAAAACAUACAGGCAGUUCCAGGGUUUUUGUGGUGACAGCAUGCCAUGUAGCCAAUAAGAGUAAUCUAUUUGGCAGAUCCACCUGACAUCACCUCAGUUUGAACCCUGUACUGAUUACGGUUUAACUAUGACCAUAAAGAAAAUGUGAAGCCACGUGGUCUGAGCUCUUGUGAAUCACCAGGUGGGUGAUGACUGUGGAAUACAGAAGGAAAGACGUGAGCCAUAUAGCACUUUUUUCUCCUAUGUGGAGCUUAUACGCAGUAAAAUGUCCAGUGUUAAUUCAGCCCUAACAUAUAUCAGGGGCCAUAUGUACUCUGUAAAAGUCCAUUUAACACUGAAUGAUUUUGCCAUAUAUAUAUAUAUAUAUAUAUAUAUAUAUGUGUGUGUGUGUGUGUGUGUGUGUGUGUUGUAUAUAGUUUUUGUGUUCUGAUUUCAGCAUCAUUGGCAGGUUAGGGAUAAUUGUGUUUUAAUAUCUGUCUGUGUAGCUCUUUGAUGUAGCCCUGUUACCACAUUUAUAUGUUUAAAUGUGCAGUUAUCUGUAUUAUGAUGUGUUGAUCUUAGCUAUUGUUGUGGCUGUUGAUUAGAAUGGAUAUUGUUGAAGUAUUUACAGAGAGUAGCUUAAAAUGGUGUUGUGCUCUACAUAAAUGUACACAUAAUGUACAUAUAUGUAAAUCUAAAGACCCAACACAGGAUGUUUGUAAACCUGAGCUUUCCUUGUCCUUGACAUGUUUCUGUUCUCUGAUGAACAGAAUUAACAGAAUAAUACAAACAUCCCACCCUGUU